UACGAGAAGAAUGCAACAAGCGGUGGAGGUGGUCUGGCGGUGGUGGUGAUGAGAGUCGACAUUGGUGGUGAUGACAGUGGUGGUGGUGGUGGUGGUGAUGGUGUGGUCGCUUCCAAGUAUUUCUCGACCAGUCAACCAGGUCAAGAGGACAGGCUGGUCGAUUGGUUGGCGUCCCUUCAACCUGGUAGAGUGGUAGUGAUUGCUGGGCAGGGCUCCUUCCUACCUUACCUGUCCCAACGAGGUGUCACGGCGCUGAUGACCCUCGGAGCACACCUGGUGGGGAGCGCUGCCCACGGGGAGGCCUGGGGGAUGCUGGGGGUGACGGCGGGGGGGCGGCGGCAGGGGGGCAGGGUGCUGGGGGAGGCGCUGGUCACCUGGGCGCCCUCACCUGGGGAAGGGGUGUGGACAGGUUACCCCCCCUUGCACCUGGAGUCUGAUUACGAAGGUGUGCUGAUUGAAGACCAGGGGGGUUGUGGGGGCCAGGCCAGCGCCGUGCCCCCAGCCCAGGCCGCCUUCUGCCGCCGCUACGAAGGUUACUGUGAGCUGUGUGCCUGUGUCUCUCCCUUCGUUCCUGCCACGCACACGCCGCCCCCUCCCGGCUUCCCCAUGCAGGAGGCCAUCCCCAUCGCGGUGGUCACGGCUAACCAACCCCAGAACUUGUACAGGUUGCUCAAGAACUUGCUGUGGGUGGCCGGCGCGGGGCAGACGGAGGCGGUGGUGGUGGUGGAUGGACCCUACACGGAGACUAUUAGACUUGCUGGGUUGUUUGGGCACCGCGUGGUUGUACACAGACCCCAAGGCGCCCCCGGGGACAACACCAGGACGAAUAGCAACAUCGCCUUCGCCCUCUUGACCGCUCUCUCCCUGUGGCCGAGGUCAAACAAGGUCAUACUGCUGGAAGAUGACCUCCUGCUGGCCCCGGAUCUGCUGAGAUAUUUCCACACCACUGCCUGGCUACUGGACGCGGACCCCAGCCUGGCCUUCGUCGGAGCCUUCGGCCAGAACUCCUACCCCAGCACGGCGGGGGGGCCUGGGGGGCGGGGGGCGGUGCUGCGGGCCCAAAUGUACCCCCAAUACGGGUGGAUGGCCCCCCGGCGCUGGGUGGAGGAGGUGCUGCCGCGAUGGGUGCCCCCGGGGCGUGGCCGCGACUGGGACUGGUGGCUCUAUACGGAGGGGGUGCGGGGGGGGCUGGACGCUGUGGUGCCUGAGAUGUCCCGCACGGCGCACGGGGGGGCAGGGGGGGCGCACGUGACCGGCUGGGAGCAACACCUGUUCUUCAGCGGCAGGUUAAUUAACAUGGACCCCGCACCUGCCCUCGUGGAUCUGGACAGGCUGAUCAAGAAGAACUACGAUGAUUGGCUGGACAGGGAGAUAAGCCACGCCCACAAGCUCCGCCUAUUGGACCAUCCCUGCCACGCCCACCCCGUCCCAGCCAAUGACACGGGGCCCUUCGUGCUAUUCGUGGGUGUGGUGAGCAGAUCAGAUUCACACAACGGGUUCUUUCUUAUGCAGGCCUGCCUGGGGACGGACGAUCAGGAGGUGAAGGAGCUGUACGAGGGUGUGAUGAGGUUGCGGGUGCGCCCAUACUCCCACGCCCGCACCCGCCACGCCCGCCACACCCACCGCGCCCUCGCCCGCCCCUGUCUGCACCCCCGCGCCAUGCUGAGGAGGCUGUACGGCGUGGGGAAGGAGGAGGAGGAAGAGGAGGAAGAGGAGGAAGAGGAGGAGGGGAAGGUGUUAUAUGUUGUGGGUUGCCCUCUUUCGAAGUAUUGCAAGCACUCAGAAGGCACGAAGGACUGGGUGUCACCAUCUAGCGGGGCGGUGAACGAGGCGUCUAGGGUAGCGUGGCGGAGGCGGAUGACAAACACACACAAACACACCAGGUAACAACAACAAACUCCUACCUGUCUCUCCCACCUGUCUAGUUAACGUUCACCUGUCUCUGGUACUUGUCUUUCAUUGGUAUUUUCAUUUUAUUUGAGUUACAUUGUCUAUUUUUCCUUUACUCCUUUCUCUCCUUCGUGUGUAUGGCUCUUAAAUAAUGUAAAUACGUUUAAAAAAUAUAUAUAUACAAAAUACAUAUAAAACAAUGUAAAUUCGUAUCAAAAUAAAUGAGCAAAAUACCAAUAAAAUAAUGUAAAUUUGUAUGAAAAUAAAUAUACAGAAUACACAUAAAAUAACGUGAAUUUGUAUAAAAAUAUAUUCAUUCACUUCGUUGUCCUAUUUUGCUCCCUUCAUUCCUAUCUCUUUCCACAUUUCUUCCCUUAUUUACACUCCUCCCUGCUUACCUCCUGCUCACUGCUUA